AGGACAUUAUCACGGAAACGGAAAUGGUUUAUACUAUCUAUUGUAGCUCUUCAUGGCUUUCUUGGUCCUUUAACUAGCUCAAUAUAUGUUCCAGCUAUUUCUCAAGUGAGGAAUUCAUUUAAUACAUCAAGUACAGCAAUUAAUGCAACAAUAUCCCUCUAUAUUUUUACUAUGGGAUUUGCGCCUCUAUUCUGGGCAUCAUUAUCUGAAAGGCAAGGUCGAAGGAGAGUGUACUUAAUGGCUACAGUUUUAUAUAUUAUAACUACCAUAGGUUGCGCUCUUUCAAAAACAAUUGAGCUUUUUAUUAUUUUACGUGCAUUCCAAGCUGUAGGUGCUAGUGCCUCACAGGCUGUUGGUGCUGGGACAAUUACUGACUUAUUCAAUGUGCAGGAACGCGGUAAUGCAAUGGGGAUUUUUCUUUUAGGUCCUCUCAUUGGGCCAGUAAUUGGACCUAUUGCUGGAGGAUUUAUCAAUGAAUAUUUGGAUUGGCGAUAUAUUUUUUGGUCUUUGUCAAUAAUGGGAGGACUUACAUUUUUCCUAGUUUUAUUUUUUGUACCAGAGACAUCAUCAAUAGUACUCAUGAAAAAGGAGCGACGAUAUAUUUUUGCAAGGUUACUUGAUUCUAACCGAGAAGAAUCUAUAUGGAAAAGUAUGUUGAGACCUUUUAGGUUCAUACUUUUACCAGCUGUUUUUCUUUCCACUACUCCUUACUCAAUCGCAUAUGGAUUCAUGUACUUUGUAAUUGCAAGUUUACCUUAUCAAUUAUCCUCUCGAUAUCAUUAUUCAAGUUAUCAGAUCGGUUUAGCUUAUAUCGCAAAUGGACUUGGUAAUGCUAUUGGAGCUUUUGUAUCUGGUAAACUAGCAGAUCAAGCUCUUAAUAAACUAAAUGUCGAUAAUGAGGAAAAAAGAAAAUAUUUAGAAGUAAGAUUAAACCCAAUGUGGAUUGGUAUUGUUUUACUACCUAUAGGCGAGCUACUUUACGGAUGGUGUGUAAAUUAUAACAUUCAUGUAUCUGCAGGAUUUUUUGGACUUUUUUUGUUUCAGACACCUUGCAAUACAUAUAUCGUCGAUCUUUACCAAAAACAUUCCGCUUCAGCUAUGAGUGCAGGAAACUUAUUAAGAUGUAUUUCUGCUGGAUGCACACCAUUAGUUGCCCCAAUAAUAAUAGCAGAAAUAGGAAAUGGCUGGUCGUUGACAAUUCUUGCAAUUAUUAGUUCGAUGAGUAGUAUUUGUAUAUUUUUAGUUCAACGAUAUGGACAAUUAUGGAAAGAACAAUUUGAUUCCCAUUUGGAAUAA